GUUCGUUCCAAUAAUCAAAUCGGAAGUAGCAUCCGUACAUGACACGUCAUACUGAUGAUUCACACGGUACCUGAAGUUCAACGAAACAGAAAAUCGGAAAACAAAUUUCUCCAACAGAAGAAGCAAACUGCAAAAAAAGCUAAAAGCUCUCACAAAUUGAAUCAUCAUCAUCAUUUUCAUCAACAAUGUUUUCUAGAUUCUUCCAGAAAUCAUCACCGCAACAAUCUCCACAGAAUGUGAUGCAAAGUGAGAAAUUCGAUCCAAAAGUUCUUCUUCACUAUGGAGUUCCAUCCUCUGCGUCUAUUCUUGCGUUUGAUCGCGUUCAACGUUUAUUGGCAGUAGCAACACUUGAUGGUAGGAUAAAAGUAUUUGGUGGUGACAAUAUUGAAGGGAUUAUGAUCUCUCCUAAGCAAACAUCCUUCAAGAAUUUAGAGUUCUUGGAAAAUCAAGGUUUCCUUGCUAGCGUUUCAAGUGAUAAUAAAAUACAGGUUUGGGAUUUGAGAAACAGGCAAAUUGCUUCUGCUUUGCAAUGGGAAUCCAUCAUAACUUCUUUCUCUAUUAUAUACGGCACCAGUUACAUGUUAGUUGGAACUGAGCAUGGGUUGGUGUAUGUGUUAAAGUUUGAUUCCGAAGACAGAAAAGUUAAUAUAUUACCUUAUUAUAUUCCCACAGAUGUUAUAUCAGAAGCAGUUGGAAAGUCACUUGAUAAUGUUUCUGUUGUAAAAGUUCUUCAUCAACCUUGUUCUAAUGGAAAGAGACUGUUGGUCGCAUAUGAGAAUGGUGUGCUGUUACUCUGGGAUGCUUACGAAGAUCGAAUAGUUCUCAUCAGAGACCACAAGGACAUCGAAUUGAAGAGAAAGAAAGUCACUAGUUAUUUGGAUGAUCCUAAGAAUGAACAUUCCGAUGAUAAAUUAGAGCAUGAAGAAGAAGAUAAGGAAAUAAGCUGUGUUUCUUGGGCAUCUAGUGAUGGAUCAGUUGUCGUUGUUGGUUAUGUAGAUGGUGAUAUAAUGUUUUGGAAUUUGCCAACUGCUGACUCUCCAAUAGAUCAAGAUAAAAAAAUGUCAAAUAAUCUAGUCAAGCUUCAAUUAUCACCAUCAGAUAGAAGGCUCCCUAUUAUUCUUCUACACUGGUGCGCCAAUAAAUCUUGGAUCAGCAGUGGCGGUGAACUUUUUGUCUAUGGUGGUGAGAAAAUUGGGUCCGAAGAAGUUCUGACAGUUUUGAGCGUUGAAUGGUCGCGUGGGAUAGAGAAUCUCAAGUGCACUGGCCGCAUUGAUAUUUCACUUCGUGGUUCUUUUGCUGAUAUGGUUUUGUUGUCUAGUGAUUGCCAUGCAGAGGGAGAUUGUAAUAUGCUAUUUGUAUUGACAAGUCCUGGACAACUGGAUCUUUAUGAAAAGAAUUGUUUAUCUUCUUUGAUGUCUAAGAAACAAAGAAAGACUUCUUCUCCCACAAUGCAAUAUUCCAUUGUCAUUCCCACUCUUGAACCGCAGUUGACAACAACAAUGCUUGAUGUUGUAGACCAUGAUGCAAAGUCAUUUACCGCCUUGUCUGAGAUUCUUGUAGCUGCAAAGCAGCUAUCAGUACAAAAUCAGAGAAGUGGGAAGAUAAAGUGGCCUUUGAUUGGUGGUGUUCCUGGUCAACUUUUCAAAGAAGACCGUCUUAUUAUUCAAAUAUUCAUAGCAGGUUACCAAGAUGGAUCUGUUCGGAUAUGGGAUGCUUCAUAUCCUGCUUUGUCACUUGUUUACAACAUAAAACCUGAGGUGAAUGGUGCUAAAAUGGGCAGUGCAAACUCACCAGUGUCAGCAUUGGAUUUUUGCCCAGAUACUCUACAUCUGGCAGUUGGCGAUGAAAGUGGCAUUGUUCGUCUUUAUGGGCUAAUAAGGAGUUCAGAUGACACAACUUUGCAUUUUGUGACAGAAAAUGGAACUGAAGUUCAUAAUGUGAAUCAAGGCGAUGGACCUCAUUGCAAAGCAGUGUUUUCUCUUCAAAAUUCUUCUGUAUGUGGGCUACAGUUUGCAAAUCAUGGAGUGAAGCUUGCAGUUGGAUAUGAGCAUGGGCAGGUGGCCAUGCUUGAUACCAUUACAUCAUCAGUUCUGUUUCUUACAAGUUCUGAAUCUGACACGUCUUCUGCAGUGGUUUCUCUGAAUGCAAAAUUUUCAGACACUUCUUGCUUAAACAUUCCACAGGAACCUGUAUCUGAUAUUUCUGACAACUCUGGAAAGGGGCUAGUCUUCAUUAUGACAAGGGAUGCACACUUGGUUGCAAUAGAUUCUGAAACAGGAAAUAUGGUUUGUAAUAGGACAAUGAGCCCAGAUGUAAAGUCAAAUGCAAUUUCAAUGCACAUUAUAGAUGCCACUUUUGAACUAUCUGCUGAAAAACUGCAAUCCCACUCGCCUCAGAAGAAUGAUUCUGGAAUGCAAGCUAACAUUCAAUCUGAAAAUACACAAGACAAAGUUGAGACUACUAAUACCAUAGACAAUUCAGAUUUUGCGCAGAUAGUAUUGAACUCACUCAUUUUACUUUGCUCUGAGAGUGAAUUGAGCUUACAAUCUUUGAGUUCUAUGAUUGAGGGUAGCAAUAAGUACACAAGGAAGGUAAACCUUGUAAAACGAUGCUGCUGGACUAAUAUAUUUAAAAAAGAUGACAGAGAACGUGUUCUGGUUGUUCUGUACCAAACUGGAGACAUUGAAUUAAGGUCCUUAGCAACUCUGGAAGUGUUGGGAGAAAAGUCUUUAAUGUCAAUCCUAAGAUGGAACUGGAAGACCGACAUGGAGAAGACAAUAUGUUCUUCAUCAAAUGGACAAAUAAUUCUGGUCAAUGGGAAUGAAGCUGCUUUCUUGUCACUGUUGCCGUGUGAAAAUGUGCUCUGGAUUCCAGAGUGUUUUCCUUGUCUUCAUGAUGAAGUUCUUGCAGCUGCAGUAGAUCUUACUAAGAGCCUAUCUCCAAACCAAAGUGAAAAACAGGGAGCAUCGGCUAUCUUCCAUAAUAUAGCUAGGAACUUCAAAGCGAGGAAAUCCGGUCACAAUACAAAUCAAGAAGUUCAUAAUAAUUAUUUGGAAAAUUUAGAACGAUGUUUCUCCAGUCCUCCAUUCUUGAAGCCUUCUUCAGAUACUGAAGAUAAGCUGGAUGAUUUUGAACUUGACAUAGAUGAAAUUCACAUUGAAGAACCUGAGGUCUUUUUAUCUUCUCAGAAAAUCCAUAUUGACAAGAAAGAAAAAGCAAAAGAAAAAGAAACAGCAGACAGACAAAAGUUAUUUGAGGAGUCAGCCACCGACUCAAAACCAAGAGCUAGAACAACCGAAGAAAUUAAGGCUAAAUACAGAAAGACUGGGGUCCAGGAUGCUGCUACGGCAGCUGCACUUGCAAAGGAUAAGCUUAUGGAGAGGCAAGAAAAACUCCAGUUGCUCAACGACCAUACUGAAGAGUUGCAGAAUGGGGCACAAGACUUUGCUUCCAUGGCAGCUGAACUUGCUAAACAAAUGGAAAAUCGUAAAUGGUGGCAACUAUAAAGUUGCAUGAGUUUUUGUAUUCCUCUGCAUGUUCUGCUGCACUCCUUCAGAAGUUGAAAUUCUGUCAACACUUUGGCCUUACUUGUUUUUAAAGGUAGCUAUGAUUCCUUUGCUUCUUUACGCAUGUUGAUGUAAUUAUUUAUCUUGUUAAAGUGUAGUUUUAUUAUUAUUGUCAUAUUUUGUACAGCACAUUAUUUUGUAUAUAUAUCAGCCUAAUAAGUUGAGCAUGCAAAGGUUAGUUGUUUUUUUAGGCAGUGUAAAGUUAAGUUGGGAUCUGUUUAAAUCACUAAUAAUUUACAAUGUAAAGAUAAUAUUUAUAAGGAUUAGACUAUAACAAUCAUUUAUUCAUCAGAUUGUAGCCAUAUUCUUUUUUGGUAGUUUUACAUGAGAUUACAUUAUUGAGA